AUGAAAUUCAUACCUUUAAGGAUCCAUGUCUUCGUCGUUGAAGGAUUUAUGACAAAUUUAUUCUUUUAUUACGGUGCAGUGUCUUUGCGCAAUUCAUAUUCUCUGUUUCGGAUGCUUUGCUUAAUGUCCGUGAAUAAUUAUCGUGAGUUUUGUCUUGCUUGUGUUGUGUCCGUGGAAGAUCACGUUGCGUAA